CGCCGGGACCAUGAAGGAGGUGACGUACUGGUCCCCCAAGAAGGUGGCAGACUGGCUGCUGGAGCACGCCAUGCCCGAGUACUGUGAGCCCCUGGAGCACUUCACGGGCCGGGACCUGAUCGGCCUGACCCGGGAGGACUUCGCACGGCCGCCCCUGUGUCGCGUGUCGGCCGACAGCGGGCAGCGGCUCCUGGACAUGAUCGAGACCCUGAAGGUGGAACAGCACAUGGAGGCGCACAAGAACGGCCACGCCAAUGGGCACCUGGGCGCAGGUGCGGCCGGCCCUGGCCCCGGCCCCACGGGCGGCUUCGGCCUGCAGGCCAAGCCCAACGGGGUGCCCAACGGCUACAGGAAGGAGAUGAUCAAGAUCCCUAUGCCGGAGCCCGAGCGCUCCCAGUACCCCAUGGAGUGGGGCAAGACGUGCCUGGCCUUCCUGUACGCGCUGUCCUGCUUCGUCCUCACCACAGUGAUGAUCUCGGUCGUCCACGAGCGAGUGCCUCCCAAGGAGGUGCAGCCCCCGCUGCCGGACACGUUCUUUGACCAUUUUAACCGGGUGCAGUGGGCCUUUUCUAUCUGUGAAAUUAACGGCAUGAUCCUCGUAGGACUCUGGUUAAUUCAGUGGCUGCUCUUAAAAUACAAGUCUAUUAUCAGCAGAAGAUUCUUCUGCAUAGUCGGCACACUGUACCUGUACCGCUGUGUCACCAUGUACGUGACCACCCUCCCAGUGCCCGGCAUGCAUUUCAACUGCUCUCCGAAGCUUUUUGGAGACUGGGAAGCCCAACUGCGGAGAAUAAUGAAGCUCAUCGCUGGCGGUGGCCUGUCCAUCACUGGUUCUCACAACAUGUGCGGGGACUAUCUGUACAGCGGCCACACGGUCAUGCUCACACUCACCUACUUAUUUAUCAAAGAGUAUUCCCCUCGACGACUCUGGUGGUACCACUGGAUCUGCUGGCUGCUCAGCGUGGUUGGGAUCUUCUGCAUCCUCUUGGCGCAUGACCACUACACUGUGGACGUGGUGGUGGCCUACUACAUCACCACGAGACUCUUCUGGUGGUACCACACGAUGGCCAAUCAGCAAGUGCUAAAAGAAGCUUCCCAGAUGAACCUCCUGGCUAGGGUGUGGUGGUACAGGCCGUUUCAGUACUUUGAAAAGAAUGUCCAAGGAAUCGUACCUCGCUCUUACCAUUGGCCCUUCCCCUGGCCAGUCGUCCACCUCGGCAGACAAGUGAAAUACAGCCGCUUGGUGAACGACACAUAACAGCCGCGCAAGGCCGGGGAGCGAGGAGCUGUCUGAAGUGCUAAGAACUCCAUGAGAGAAGAUGCCAUAAACAAACACCUCCCUGAUCCUGUUCUCUUUCAAAAGUUACCUGGACUUAACCUAUUGAGUUACCUGGUCAGCACUGUGAUCUUUUUUUCUCUCCAAAGGACCUGCGUUGGACAACAAUAAAGAAAAUUUAACCUAUCAUGCACUGUACACAUUUUCCUGUUCAUAAGUUUGGGAUUUCCAUAACCUGCGACCACCAUGUUCCUUUGUAUAUGAUGCAACAGCAUAAAUGUAAGCUUUUAUAUCAUCAGUUCUGGUCUUUCCAGGCACAUCUGGAAAUAAAGCGUAUUAUUUUCUUGGGAAAACAUACUUUUCAUAUCUCUUGCCCCAAAGAUUGGGCUGUAAGCCAUUUUCUAGCAAAUGUCUCUAUGAAGGUUUCUAAGUACCUGAAUGGGGUUCGAUUCUGAAAUCUUUCUACCUGUUGCACCGAUAUUCAAAUAAAAAUGACAGACACAGAAAGGUUUGGUAACUUUGGGUUUUGUAAAAAUCAGCGGAGAGAGUGUGUCAAAAAGUGCAAAAAAAAAAAAAAAAGAUUCUGUUAUAAAGUGAUUUUCUAAGUAUUUCCUAACUUUAUUUUUCAAAAUAAUGUUAUGAAAACCAAAUUUAAAGAUUUUUACAUGUUGGAGAGAAAAGAGUUAAAAUUUAAAAAUGCUUCUUGGGAGAGAAAUUUGUCUAUGUUUCUAGUGCCUUUCUUGUCUUGAUUGUAUGGUCAGUAGGCAAUCUUAAAUGUUUUUAUUUAAAAUAAAUAUUCCAUGGAAAUAUAAAUGUAUGUAUACACUACUAAAUUUUGCAUUUAUAGCUAAAUUAAAUCAGAAGACUGCUUAUGGUUUUUAAAUCGCUAUGAAUUAAAGAAAGGGGGAGUUAAUCAGAAAGUCAGAACCUGUUCCCAUAUUGUGAGCAGGUAGCAAUGACACGUACCACUUAAAUUAUUUUAUCACCUAUUUGGUAGUUCGAUUUUAACUAUACAGUGAAAAUAGCCAUGAAUACUUUGUUUUUAAAAAGAGAGUUUUGAAAAUGAUCACUUAACUAAAAAACGUGAAAGCUCUAAAUUAGUUAUCCAUACUCUCAUGACAAUUUUGUUGGUGAACAACAAAACAGAGAUCUAUUUCUUUAAAAUAUAUUUGUGCAGAAACUGCAUGUAACUCUAAGUUUUACUCCUAACAUGAGUAUGUUUGGGGAAGUAUUCUCUUCUAUACUUGCCAAUGUGGAGAACAAAAUAGUUUUUUAAGAAUGAAGAAGUAUAUAUAUCCAUUCUGUAUUUUACGCAGCAGAAUUAUCUUCCGUAGGGUUUUUUUGUGUAUUCACAAGGUGAUAUUUGUAUUGUAAAACAAUAAUGGUGAAGGAAAUAAAAAGGCUUUUAAAAUUUUGUUUGUUUUAAAUAUUUGUAAAGUUACUAUUCCAGAGAGUAUACUGAUAUCUUAACAGCUUAUCUAGAUCAUAAAUUAAUCAAAAUGCACUUUUUAAUAAAACCUGAUACUUAAAAUAAAUGGCUGUUAUUUCUAA